AUGGCGUCCAGUGAUAAAGUUCCGGCGGCGUGUCCGGCAAGCAACAGAGAAGGUAAGGAGCCAAUGGGAGAUCCGACAAAGACAACCACGGCAGUGCUAGAGAAAGGAUCGGCUAUGAUGCAAUCUUGGAAACCUAUCAAGCAAAUGACUCUCAAUAUGUGUUCAUUCGCUUGCUAUAGCCAUGAUCCUGAACGUCAAAUCGAAGUUCAUAUGUAUGGCCACCGUGUAAACCAAGACUUUCUCCAAUGCGCCGUUUACGAUUCCAAUUCCUCUAAGGCUCAUCUCAUUGGGAUCGAAUAUAUAGUGUCGGAGAAGUUAUUUGAAAGUCUCUCAGAAGAGGAACAAAAACUUUGGCACUCGCAUGAUUAUGAGAUCCAAACGGCUCUUCUAGUAACUCCAAGGGUCCCUGAGCUCGUUGCAAAGCCAGAACUUAAGAAUCUUGCCAAAUCUUAUGGAAAAUUUUGGUGUACAUGGCAGCUCGAUCGCGGGGAUAGAUUACCACUAGGUGUACCGUCGUUAAUGAUGUCGCCACAAGAUGUGAAUAUGGGAAGGAUCAACCCGGAGAUGGUGAUGAAGAGAGAUGGAGAACUUGGAAUCUCGACUCCUUCCUUGAAGCAAUCGAGAGAAGGAAUUUGUGGACCGGAGAAGAAGAAUCUGAUUGCUGAUAAUUGGGUUCGGUUUAGGAAAGGAUUUGCACUUGAUGUCGUCGAGACAGAAAUGAAGAGAACUGCUCCCUUCCCUUGA